AUGGAUCGACUAGAGUCUGAAAUGGGGUCAAGUAAUCGCGAGUUACGUGAAAUGAUUGCAGGAUUGAGUGCUCAAAUCCAGCAAUUGGUAGCAAAGAUAGACGACGAUACAUCAUCUACCUCUAAAACUAGCAAGAAUAAGAGAGUCAUUGGUUCAACGCAAGGAGCAAUAAAUUCAAAAGUGGCUAAAUUGGAGUUUCCAUGCUACGAUGGGGCGGAUGAUCCAACUAGUUGGAUUUGUAGGGUUGGGCAAUAUUUUGAAUUUCAGAAGACGGAGGAGGAGAAUAAGGUGAUGUUAGCGGCGUAUCACUUGGAAGGAGAGGCACAAUUAUGGUACCAAAUAUUCAAAGAAGACGUGGAAAAUAUUUCAUGGGAAACUUUGAAGGAAGCUGUGCAUGUUAGAUUCGGGCCCACACAAUUUGAAGAUUUUUAUGGAGAUCUCUCAAAAUUGAGACAAAACGGUAGUGUCAAAGAAUACCAGUGUCAAUUUGAGAAGUUACUUAGUAGAGUGGGAAAAAUUUCACAGGCGCACCAGGUAGGAAGGUUCAUGAGUGGAUUAAAGGAGCCUAUAAGGACUGAUGUACAAGCUGUGAAGCCAAGUACCCUAAUUGCUACUGUGGGUCUAGCUAAACUCUAUGAGGCUCGUGUUGUGGCUCAAAAAAAGCCAACCUUCACGAUAGACAGCAAACCGAAAUCUUCUCAAACACCAGGCUCUGGUUCUUUUCGCAACAAUAACCCGCCCACACGAAGAUUGAAUGAAGCGGAGAUGAAAGAUCGAAGGGAGAAGGGGCUUUGCUUCAACUGUGAUGAAAAAUUUCGUCCAGGUCAUCACUGCAAGAAGUUGUUCGUAAUUGAGGGAAUCUACGCAGGGGAGGAAGAAGAGAAUGACGGGGAAAUAGAGUUGUCUGCUGAAGAGUUGGAACCCAUGGCUGAAGGAAUUGGGGUUUUCGAAAUUUCCCUUAACGCCCUGACUGGAGUUUCAACACCCCAGACGAUGCGAGUACGGGGCCAAUUCAAGGGAGGCACGGCCGUGAUACUCGUGGAUACGGGUUCCACCCACAAUUUCAUGAGCAUCGGUGUGGCGAGGCGAUUGGGUCUACCGUUAAAAGCUGUUGAGUGCUUCGAAGUGCCUGUGGCAAACGGGGAACGAAUUCGUAGUGAAGGUCGCUGCCAUGGAGUUCAGGUAUGUCUCAAUAAGGCUGAGUUUGUGAUGGAUUUUUUUUUGCUUGCAAUGGAGGGCUGUGAAGCAGGGUUGGGGGCACAAUGGCUGCGGGUCUUAGGACCAAUUCUGUGGGAUUUUUCAAAACUGAAUAUGAAGUUCAUGUGGAAGGGAAAGGAGGUAGAGUUAUGGGGAUUGACCGUACCUAGGAAUAGAUUGGUGAAUUCUAAAGGAAUCGUGCAGGGAAUCCAAAAUCAGCAAUUAGGAUUUAUUCUAUUCUCAAUAAACCUAGGCACUUCCCAAGGGUGUCUCAGCUCAGAUAACCUAGACUUGAAAAAAAUAUUAGACAAUUUUCCAGAAAUCUUUGAGGAGUCUCGGGGUUUGCCUCCUAGAAGACAACAUGAUCACUGCAUUCCACUCAAACCAGAGAUGGGUCUAGUCAGUGUACGCCCAUAUCGGUAA